CCUACAGAAAAGCACUGGCUUGUGGGUCUUGAUGUUUGCUGUAAUUUACUGUCAAUCAAACAAACCUGGACAGACUCAUCGAGAACACCAUUUCCCAUGCCUCCUCGCUCGGUUCAAGCCAAGGACACACCCCCGGACCUUAGCUUGCCUACACGGCUGUCAACUUGUGAUUGUAGUUUUCAGUUUUGCUAGAUGGAUGUCUACAAACUGUACAUUUUACAUGGAGAUGACAGCUAGAUCAUUUACAAGUCAUGGCGACCAUCGUUCUUUAUUCCAUGAACAGAACGGCGCAAACCACGGCGAGACUAUGUUUUUUUCCGUAUUCAACGCGAGCUUCCAUAGUGGACUCGCGCAUAUCUUUCUUCCAUAACACUUCGGUCCGCCGGUUAACUCCGCUUCCGGGAGCAAGGUGGGUUCCCAAAGCUACUGGAGUGCAGUUCAUGUCCAAUGGGAUUGCAGGCAAAACGGCAACCGGGCGAACCAGGAGAAGUGCCCUGCUGGUUGCUGGAGCAGCGGCGGCAGUGGUGGGUUUUGUGGCUAGCGCUAGUCACUUUCAGCGGGCUGAAAUGGCAACCAUGAUCACCAAAACCGAGGAGACGGAGAUAUCGGAGAAAUGCAAGAAGUUCAUGUCUCCGCCGUGUACUGACGUCAAAGUGCUGCAGCAGAAGAAAGAGGAAAUGUGCACGAGGAUGGAGAUGCUGAUCAUGGAGACUCAGGCGGAGUUCUGCAGAGCGCUCGAGGAGGUGGACGGCGGCAAGUUCAAAGUGGACAAGUGGGAACGGAAAGAAGGUGGCGGGGGCAUCAGCUGUGUGCUGCAGGAUGGGAAGGUGUUUGAGAAGGCGGGGGUCAACGUGUCCGUGGUGUUUGGGAACCUGACCGAGGAGGCCGCCAAGCAGAUGCGCAGCAGAGGGAAGGUUCUCAGAGGGAAAGAUGGCAUCCUGCCAUUCUGUGCCAUGGGUGUGAGCUCAGUCAUCCACCCCAAGAACCCCCACAUUCCCACAGUGCACUUCAACUACAGAUACUUUGAGAUAGAAGAAGAAGAUGGUGAGUGUCAGGCACUAAACAGUGGCGGUACAGACCUGACUCCUACCUAUGUCAAUAAGGAGGAUGGCGCUCACUUUCACAACAGUCUGAAGGAGGCCUGUGAAAAACAUCACCCCAAGUACUACCCCGACUUCAAAAAGUGGUGUGACCGGUACUUCUACAUCCGCCAUCGUGGCGAGACGCGGGGCAUCGGUGGCAUCUUCUUUGACGACAUGGACUCUCCCAGCCAGGAGGAGGCAUUCAGCUUCGUUAGGAGCUGUGCCCAGACCGUGGUGCCCUGUUACCUGCCCAUUGUCUACAAACACCUCGAUGACCCCUUCAGCCUAGAGGAGAAGGACUGGCAGCAGGUGCGGAGAGGCAGGUAUGUGGAAUUUAACCUGGUGUAUGACAGAGGGGUGAAGUUUGGACUGGCCACCCCAGGCUCCAGGAUCGAGAGCAUCCUCAUGUCUCUGCCCCUCACAGCCAAGUGGGAGUACAUGCAUGAACCUCCUAAAGGUUCCCAGGAGGCCGAUACGCUGGAGGUGUUACGAAACCCCAAGGAGUGGGUCUGAAAUGGCCGUUGCCGUGGAGAUACCAACCUGACUCAGCCUUCAGAACAGGAGCCGACAUGAGCUGUUGACUGGAACAGGCGUCCGUCCCUUUGACUGCUUCGUCAUCGGCCAACUCACCGCUGAUGCAAUUAGCUAGUUGUUACUGGAAAAUGCACACCUGCCUUUAUUUCUUUUGCUGUCUGUUUCUUAUUGCUUGAUAUACUAUUGUCUGUGUCAGAUAAGCCUUAACACUACCAUUUACAUUUUUUAUCCAGAGUGACUUACAGGAACAAUUUGGGCUAAGUGCCUUGUUCAAGGCACAAACAGAUUUUUUUCACCUAGGUGAUUUCAAACUAGUGACCUUUUCGGUAACUGGCCCGACACUCCCUGAACCGCUACCCCUUUGCCUUCCGCCCGACUGCUUCAGUUAAUAUUUCCUGUGUACCAACUGGUUGAGAUUGGCUUGCUCUCUAGCUACAUUCUGAGAGCCCUCAUGGUCUCCUGUUGGGGAUUAAUCAGAAGUAGUUGGGUAACAUAGAUAGGAUGUUUUAUUUUCAUGAUAUGCUUAUGAGUUAUUUCUCAUAAGAAUGUAUUUUGUUGUACUAUAGUGGUGGCCAUUUGCAUUUUAUCUGUUCUCUGUCAGGACUAAGUUGCUUGGGCCGCAGAGAGGGGAGAGGUCAAGGUGUCAUCAUGUGCAAACAUAUAUUUUAAACCAUGUGAAGAGAUGAUUGAUGGGGAAACAAUUAUCUCCACUGUGUCUGUGUGCCAGUCACUCCCUACUUUUCCCAUCGGGGAGAGGAGGAUAGAAUGGUUCCUGACACUUCCAUGUUCCUUCUCUCGUUGCCCCUAUCUUGACCUAGAGGCUCACUUUCCUCUCCGUGAACUUGUCCAGAAUUGGUUGUAUUUAGGAUGGAGUAUCUAAAAUGACAAUUUGAUAUAUGUCAUUGGGAGGGGGUAAUGUCUUGGUACCAUUUUGUACCAAGGACGAGAUAAGAGCUUUGUUUAGGAGACCAAACGGAACGAUUAUUUAAAGUCUUUCUUUGUGUAAGUUCCUAAGACCUGUGGUUUGUCAUGUCAACUAGGGGGGGUGGAUAUUUGCUAUAAAGGAUCCCAGUUGCCAUUAUGUUGAGCACUCUUAACUUUUCAUUAGAGAUACUGAACUGUUGAAAGUCAAAAUGCUAUUGCAAAAGCGUAAUUAUUAUUAAAGGUGAAGAUUAAGCAUAA